CAGCAGUAGCCUUCAUCAAACCAGAGGAGCGGGGCGUGGACACAGACCGGCCUCUCUGCUCUUAUGAGGAAAAAUUCAGGAGACGGACGACUGAUCGGGAAGGGGGAAAAAACGGACCUUUAUCGCUUUGCAACUGGCUACUCGUCCCUGAUUUCAUAAGGGACAGGGGGGUAGAUUGAGUAAAAAGAAAAAAAAAAAUAAACCUGAAAGAGGACUACAACCAUGGAUGACAUCUUCACUCAGUGUCGUGAGGGCAACUCUGUGGCUGUUCGUCUGUGGUUAGACAACACAGAGAAUGACCUCAACCUGGGUGAUGACCAUGGCUUCAGCCCCCUUCACUGGGCAUGCAGAGAAGGGAGGAGUGGUGUUGUCGACAUGCUCAUCAUGAGAGGUGCUCGUAUUAAUGUGAUGAACAGGGGGGAUGAUACCCCCUUACAUCUUGCUGCCAGUCAUGGACACAGAGACAUAGUGGCUAAGCUCAUCCAGUGCAAAGCAGACCCCAACACAGUCAACGAGCACGGAAACACGCCACUCCACUAUGCCUGCUUCUGGGGACAGGACCAAGUAGCAGAGGACCUGGUAACCAGUGGUGCCCAGGUGUGUAUAUGUAACAGGUAUGGGCAGACACCUCUGGACAAGGCCAAGCCUCACCUCAGCCAGCUGCUUCAAGAAAAAGCAGAGAAAAUGGGCCAGAGUAUGACCAAAGUCCCCUAUAAAGAAACCUUCUGGAAGGGCACCAUGCGAACGCGGCCUCGUAAUGGUACUCUCAACAAGCAGGCUGGUAUUGAUUAUAAGCAGCUGUCUCUCCUCGCCAAGAUCAAUGACAACCAUUCUGGAGAGUUAUGGCAGGGUCGCUGGCAGGGGGAUGAGAUUGUAGUGAAGGUGCUGCAGGUGAGAGACUGGACCACCAGGAAGAGCAGAGACUUCAAUGAGGAGCAUCCCAAACUCAGGAUCUUUUCCCACCCAAACAUUCUGCCUGUUCUUGGUGCCUGUCAGUCACCUCCCUCCCCUCACCCCAUUAUCAUUACUCACUACAUGCCAUACGGAUCUCUCUACAACAUCCUGCACCAGGGCACCACUUUGGUGGUGGACCAGACCCAAGCAGUAAAGUUUGCCCUGGACAUUGCCAGUGGCAUGGCUUUCCUCCACACUCUCGAGCCAAUGGUUUCGCGGCUUUUCCUCAACAGUAAGCACAUCAUGAUAGAUGAAGACAUGACAGCCAGGAUAAGCAUGGCAGAUGCCAAGUUCUCCUUCCAGUGUCCUGGUCGUAUGUACUCUCCAGCAUGGAUGGCCCCUGAAGCCCUCCAGAAGAGACCUGAGGACAUCAACAGGAGAUCAGCUGAUAUGUGGAGCUUUGCCGUGUUACUGUGGGAGCUGGUUACCAGAGAGGUCCCCUUUGCUGACCUCUCACACAUGGAAAUAGGCAUGAAAGUGGCUCUUGAGGGUCUUCGGCCCACCAUUCCACCAGGGAUCUCGCCUCAUAUUUGUAAGCUAAUGAGGCUCUGCAUGAAUGAGGACCCAGCCAAGAGGCCCAAGUUUGACAUGAUCGUCCCCAUCCUGGAGAAGAUGCAAGACAAAUGAAUCCCACCGCAGCAGUCCAUCCAGCUCUGCCUGUUGUUUUUUUUUUUUUUUUUUACCGUCAAGAUUAUCAUCCAACCACUUUUUCUGUAUGUUUCUGUAACUUCACUUAAAUCAUUUAUCUGCUAAGCCACUGUAAAUAUUGUCAGAGAAACCACUUCAGCCACUUGUUUCAAACAACAACAGGUAUAAUAUUACUUUUGUCGCUUAAUUUAAACUGGCUUCUUUUUUGGCCUGUGUUGCUCUAUUAUUAUGGUUGAAAUUGUUCAGAGUAUCGGCAGACUUCCUAAUCUGAUGUAAUUCAUGUUGGGAUAUACUGAGUGAAGACUUGGACAGAAAUGCUGACAAACAAAUCCAAAGAAAUGUGUAUGAAAAAACAAAAAACAAAAAACAAAUACCAAUGCAAUAAAUGUUUUAUAUUUAU